AUGUCUGGUCUCAAGCGGGUUUUCGGAAUUUCCAAGAAAGAGGUAACCCAGGACACGGCUCUGGAAGCUCUUAAUGCAGCCGAAGAGCAGCUUAACAAAAAGCAACUGUUUUUGGAAAAGAAAAUAGAACAGGAAAUCGCAAAAGCCAAGAAUUUCGGACUCAAAAACAAACGCGCCGCACUUGAUUGCCUUAGAAAGAAAAACAUGUACGAGAAACAGUUAACAUUGAAUGAUGGUGCCCUCAUGAAACUUCAGGCCCAACGCGAUGCACUCACAAGUGCUCUGAUGAACAAAAACAUUCUGGAUACAAUGAAAACUGCUAAUUCAGCAAUGCACCAUAUCCACAAGGGCAUGGACGUUGACAAAGUCCACGAUUUGAUGGAUGAUGUCAAUGAGCAGCAUGAGAUCGCCAAUGAAAUUGCCAAUGCUAUUUCGAUGCCUACAGGAUUUGACCAGUUCGACGAAGAUGAGUUGCUGCAAGAACUUGAGAGCCUCACUGCAAGCACUUCUCACAUUGGAAAUUUUUUUGGUGUUACAGCUUCGAAGCGAGCUGAAGAGGAUGCGGAAUUGAAGAAUCUUGAGAUGUGGUCAGUGUGA